UGCUAGUCGCUACACUACACUGCUUCUCCUAUAGCUUCAGGUAAACUCCAUAAUAUUCACAAGCCCCUCUUCUAAACCCUAGCUCUCCCUCAACUUCUCUCUCUCUAAAAACUUUCUCUCUCUUUCGCACUGCAUAUAUUUCAAGGUGCUUGGAAUUCACCGCUUACAUUUCCUGCAAAAAGCUACGUUUCUUCUUUCUGUAGUGAGUCCAUGACUUCAUCAGCUUGCUUAAACAACAUCACUAUUUCGUCGGAGAAUUUUCUCGAUUGUCCUCCGACCAAGUACAAGUCCUUCGUCUGGUCCAACAAGACAACUGCUGUGAAUAAACCGGAAGUUCUAGAUCCAGAACUUUCGGUUAACGAAAUGGCGGAUUUCGAGUUCCGACUCGAAGAUCCGGUGAUUAUGUUACCGGCCGCCGAUGAGCUUUUCUCCGACGGAAAACUCGUGCCUCUACAACUCUCCGCUAUCCACACGGCAGCUGCCACCUCUACUUCCGCCGGAGUUAGAUCACCGGAGACACCGAAAUUCCGUACGAGAAAUGAUCUCAUUUCUCGUGCGGACACGUGCUUGUUGUUCUCUCCAAAGGCUCCGAGAUGUUCGAGUCGGUGGAGAGAACUUUUAGGCUUGAAGAAACAGCAACACAACAACAACAACAAUGACAAAGAAGAAGGUAAAAAAAAUAGCACAAACAACACACAUAAAUCUCUGAAAAUUAAUUUCCUUAAUCGCAGCUCAAAAUCCUCCAAUUCUUCAACCGACUCAUCUCUAAUUAACAUUCCUUUGCUUAUUAAGGACUCUGAUUACGAGUCAAUUUCAAUUUCCUCAUCUCGAUUAUCUCUUUCAUCAUCUUCCUCUUCCGGCCACGAACACGACGAUCUUCCUAGACUUUCUCUCGAUUCUGACAAACCCCUUAGCUUUAGCCAUAGCAAUGGUCAAAACAUUGCUAAUACUAAUCCUCCUAGAAUUCGACUAGUGAAACAGAGAGCUUUAUCGUCAGAAAAUCCAACUACAGGUACCAGUACUGCAAGAGGUGGAGUGUCGAUUGAUGAUAGUCCGCGCAUGAAUUCUUCAGGAAAAAUUAUUUUCCACAAUUUAGGAAGAAGUUCAAGUAGUCCAAGCAGUUUUAAUAAUGGUGGAGCAAGGUAUAAACAUGGAGGAGGAGGAAUGGAGAGAUCUUAUUCAGCUACUGUUCGUGUUACUCCGGUUUUAAAUGUUCCAGUAUGUUCUCUAAGAGUCUCUUCGAAGUCUGGAGUAUUUGGAUUUUCUCUGUUUUCUUCUUCUCCGCAACAGAAAAAAGAUGGUGGUGGUGGUUCUAAUGUUAGUGCUGGAGCCGAAAAUAAGAGACAUCAUCAUAGUAGUAGCAAGACUCGCAUAGGCUAAAAUGGAGGUCAGGAGCCUACUUCUUUUUCAAACAAAAUAAGCUUCAAAGUCUGCCAAAAGGUAGUUGCUAAAGGGAAUCGAACACUAGACCUAGAGGAAAUGAAUCGUACGCAACUGGACCAAGAAGAGAAUUGGGUUAAGCGGUGUCACUCUUUUAAUAUAUAUCGCAUUUGAUAAAAUUUUUGUAUUAUUUAUAUGACAUUUGGUAAAAAAAAAAUUAACGAAACGGUGUCACGUGACAUUGCUUCGUUAUAUGGGCAUCCGCCCUGACAUAAAGCCCAUUAAAUGAGGAAAACUUCGUGCUAUGAUUUAUUUUUAUUCACAUGAUUAGAACCUAAACCAUUGAUUAAGAAUAAAUGGAUCUUAUUCAUCCACUACAAUCCUACUAAUAUCUACGGAAACUCGAAUUACUUUGCUCCCUAGUAGUAUUAACUGAGCAACCAUUAAAAAUCUUGCACGAGAAAAUACAAGACU